AUGGCGUCUACCAGCAGUUUCAUGUUCUCGGCGGCGAUCUCCAGAAACUUAACCGUUUAUAGUAAAAAGCUUCUAACAGCGUACUGACAUUCGAAAAUGACGUCGCAGUAUGACUCCGCCGUUCGGAGCAUCACAGAUCAUCUAGCAUCAAGGGAUUUUGCAAGUGCGAGGUCAGUAAUAUGCGACGAUCAGCAUCGAGCGCUCAUCUACGACUGUGCUUGGGACCUAGUUCUGCCAGCAUUGCUAGCACUAGAAGAGGAUAAAGACUGUGAACGCAGCGUGAACACGGAUGAUGGUCAGUGUCUUUUCAAGGAGAUCAUCAACAGAGGAAAGCCGAAAGAAGUUCUACUCUCUCUUGUUGAGCAUUUAUCGGAGGUUAAAUCAAUCUCUGUACUCGCCACUGCUCUGGAAGGAGUGCAGAGUAUACUUCUAAGCAUGCCAACUAAAAAACGACAUUUCCUGCAGUGGGCUCUGCCUUCCAUAGAAAAAUACCUCACGUCACUUCCAGACCCUCAAAACCAACCCCUGGAAGAUGACACCCAGAGGGUGCUUCUGGAUGCAGACCCAGCUGUACAAAUGAUCGUGGGCUCUCUCAAAGCUGUGCACUCUUUCCUGGAGCCUUUUAUCCAGGAGGUUAGUCUUGCACGGGGCUCUGCCAGAGAUGUGCAGCUGGACAUAUUGGAACAGAGAAAACAGUUACAGAACCACUUGCUUAGCCUACUGGGCCGCUGCGGUGUACUACACACUUACAGUCCGCCCGAAAAGCCAGAGAGCAACAGCCACGCUUGUGCCGAGAGUUUAGUUCAUGCCGUUGCCCACCUGUCAUCUGACUUAGCAGCUCUCUCUUUCUCAGACGCCCAUAAAGACUGUAAGAACGUGCCAGCCACUUGCGAUAAAAGUUCGGGUGAUCAUUUUGACGAAGACGAGGAUAGUGAGGACGAGCGGGUCUUGCACAUUGCACAAAUAUGUCCCGCAACACUGGCGUAUCUUCUGUACGCCGAAUUCCUGGCACCGGAAAGCGUACCGUGUGUGUACUCCCAGAGGUACAUCUUUGAGAAGAACCUUGGAAAUGUGAUCUUUCUUUUGUCCCACGCAGUGUACGUCGUUAAUUACAAAGGAAUCGCUCUUUGUGAUGCGAUUGUUGCGAGACAGUCACGCGGCCAGUAUAGUAGCUUGGACUUGGACAAUUCUGCGCUGACAACACUGUUCCGCCAGCUUCUCAAAGUAAUGGUCACGUGCCCCUGGAAAGACGUCCGUGAGAGAUCUGUCAGGGUGUUCUGUAGCUAUCUGAAACUAUUUGAUGCCCAUGCAAGAUACUCUGUCUACUGUUGCCUGUUGAAGAGAGAAGAACAUGCCGGCGUACGCGGCUUCCUUGUUGAUCGUUACCGAUCUGAUUUACAUCAAUGGAACCGUCCUCCAAAGGAGUCUGAGAACCCAUUUGGUGGUUGCAAUAUUGUCAAUUUUUUGCGAAUUGUUUGUGUGUUACCCGAGCGUGAAGAGACUGAUCUGCUCAAUUACAGUGAUUGCAUCCUUGCUGUCUUGAACUUGCUACGCUAUAUUGCGUUGACGUCGUUGAAACCAUCUAGCCACGAUGUAGUCAACAGUGUCCUGCGGAUGGCAGAAGUGUACGGUGAACAGCUGAAAAAGGGUUUAGACCUUUCACGAGCCCAUUACACAUUAAAUUUGAAACAAGUUGAAGACAAGGUAGCAGGUGAACUAAAGGAUGAUUCGGAUAGCAUGCUGUUGGGAAUGGGACUUGGUGCACUCCCUAACCUGCCUCCAGAACAGGAAAUAGAAGUGAUGAAGUCUGCAUUGGCUAGGUUUGACCUCAUGGAAAGUGUGCUUGUUCUAGCCCAGGACAGUUUGAAGCUAGUUUCUGGUUCAUAGUCUUGCUUGUAACUCCACAUACUUUUGCAGGUAUUGCUGUGUUUUGUGUUAUGCAUCACUGUAUUAUUUACUGGGCUUCAAGAAGUGUCUGCAAGAAUACUACCUUUCAUUUGGUUGGCUUGUUAGUUUUAAAAAAGUAUGGUAGGUCUGCUACCAUACCAAACAUGUGCCAAGACAUGCAUUGACAACACAGAAAGUUUCGGAUUGAGCCGCGCCAUCAUCAGAUGUACGUGAAGAUGUUGCAAAAAAUAAAGGUUGUGCUGAGUAUA